UCUAUUAACGCUAUGCGACGCCAAGCUAUACAACGUUGCCACAUCCGCAAAGCAUGGUCGCGAACGAAAAAGCAAAAGCUAAACUUAUUUUUGCUGAUUAAUCAUACUCUCUAAUAAUGUACGGUAAAUUUCGCUGAGACUGAAGUAUCAGUACAGCUGAAAGCAAAAGAACAGACCAAAAAAGAAUAGAUCAAUAGAUUGAAAGCUAAUCUAUAAGGAAACUGCAUGCAAAAAGAACAGACCUGUGCGGUCUGUGCACAUGCAUCUAACCUAUACGUAUAAUCUGUCGAAUUUAAUAUCAAAUAAAACGUAUAACAUUGAAUUUUAUAAAAAAAAAUAUGUUUAAGUAUAAAACUAUAAAAUAUGGCAUACCAUUUAUGAUUUUUGUUAUUGGUGGAUCGUUUGGCCUUCGAGAAUUUGCAGAACUACGUUACGUAUAUAAAAAUACUCGAUAUAUAAAAGAUGACGUAAAAGACACAGGAAUUGUGAUGAAAGCACCAGAAGAAAUUACGUUAGAAAAAGAGUAUGAAAACUUACAAAAGGUAGACAUUGACAAUUGGGAAAAUACCCGAAUACAGAGACCAUGGGAUGAAACAAUUGGUACAAAAGUUUAGUUACCAAUAAAACUAUAGUUACUUAACUAUAAGUAUAAAAAAUAUGAUUGAUCUAUCCUUAGAAUAAAUAUUUUUCCCAAUUUUUGUUAAAAUAUG